CGCCGCGCGGGGCGGCGUUCGGGAGUUGGGAGUUCUCGGCGCGCCGCGGGCGGCGGGAGCUCGGGCUCCGGGGCAAGCCGGGGUCGGGCAGAGGCGGGGGCCGGGGUCCCAGACAGAGGGGCGCCCCGCGAGGGAGCGGGGACAGGGAAGGACUGAGCAGCAGGGAGACAGGCAGGGACUCGCAGGGCACGGAGGCAGCGCAGAGGCCCGGAGAGGCGCCAGGGACCCGGCUGGGCGACAGCGGCAGAGCCGGGGAGCAGGGCAGCGGAGGGGCGCAGCCAGGGCAGCCAGGAGGGGGCGCGGCGAGGGCGCAGGGGCGGGAGCGGGGAGGCGCCCCCAGGCCAGGUGGCCGCGAGGGUAUAGCGCAGCGGGGCGCAGGGUGAGGUGACAGGGACAGCGGCGCGGGCGCGAGCGCGGGCGGCGGGGCGCCCUGGGCCCCGGACCCCGCGCUCCGAGCCCGGGCCGGGCCGACGAUGCUGACGCCCCGGCUGCGCCCAGGGUUCGCCGCGGGGCGACGCUGAAAGUUGGGCGCGCGGGGAGCGGCGCGGAGACCGCGGACACACGCGGACCGAGCCGCGCGGCGAGGGGCGCCGGCUCCCCGCUCCCGCAGGACGCCGGGGGAUGUAGCGCCGCCCGCGCCUCCGGACACUCGUGGGACUUCUCCGCCCCGCGGCCCUGUGUCUUCCCAGGUGACCACGCCGGCCUCAGGACAUGCACGGGCACAGCCGCAACGGGCAGGCCCACGUGCCCCGGCGCAAACGCCGCAACCGCUUCGUCAAGAAGAACGGCCAGUGCAACGUGUACUUCGCCAACCUGAGCAACAAGUCCCAGCGCUACAUGGCGGACAUCUUCACCACCUGCGUGGACACGCGCUGGCGCUACAUGCUCAUGAUCUUCUCGGCGGCCUUCCUCGUCUCCUGGCUCUUCUUCGGCCUCCUCUUCUGGUGCAUCGCCUUCUUCCACGGUGACCUGGAGGCCAGCGCGGCGGUGCCGGCCCCGGGGGGCCCCGGGGGCAAUGGCGGGGCGCCCCCGGCGGCCCCCAAGCCCUGCAUCAUGCACGUGAACGGCUUCCUGGGCGCCUUCCUCUUCUCCGUGGAGACCCAGACGACCAUCGGCUACGGCUUCCGCUGCGUGACAGAGGAGUGCCCGCUGGCCGUCAUCGCCGUGGUGGUCCAGUCCAUCGUGGGCUGCGUCAUCGACUCCUUCAUGAUCGGCACCAUCAUGGCCAAGAUGGCCCGGCCCAAGAAGCGCGCUCAGACGCUGCUGUUCAGCCACCACGCGGUCAUCUCGGUGCGCGACGGCAAGCUCUGUCUCAUGUGGCGGGUGGGGAACCUGCGCAAGAGCCACAUCGUGGAGGCCCACGUGCGCGCACAGCUCAUCAAGCCUUACAUGACCCAGGAGGGCGAGUACCUGCCGCUGGACCAGCGGGACCUCAACGUGGGCUAUGACAUCGGCCUGGACCGCAUCUUCCUGGUGUCGCCCAUCAUCAUUGUCCAUGAGAUCGACGAGGACAGUCCGCUCUACGGCAUGGGCAAGGAGGAGCUGGAGUCGGAGGACUUCGAGAUCGUGGUCAUCCUGGAGGGCAUGGUGGAGGCCACGGCCAUGACCACCCAGGCACGCAGCUCCUACCUAGCCAGCGAGAUCCUGUGGGGCCACCGCUUCGAGCCCGUGGUCUUCGAGGAGAAGAGCCACUACAAGGUGGACUACUCACGCUUCCACAAGACCUACGAGGUGGCCGGCACGCCCUGCUGCUCGGCCCGGGAGCUGCAGGAGAGCAAGAUCACCGUGCUGCCCGCCCCGCCACCUCCGCCCAGUGCCUUCUGCUAUGAGAACGAGCUGGCCCUCAUGAGCCAGGAGGAAGAGGAGAUGGAGGAGGAGGCGGCUGCGGCUGCGGUGGCCGCUGGCCUGGGCCUGGAGGCGGGCUCCAAGGAGGAGGCGGGCAUCAUCCGGAUGCUGGAGUUUGGCAGCCACCUGGAUCUGGAGCGCAUGCAGGCCACCCUCCCGCUGGACAAUAUCUCCUACCGCAGGGAAUCUGCCAUCUGACCUCCAGGCCCCUGUCCACCUCGCCUCCUGCUGCUGUCCGAGCCCCUGCUGGGGCAGGAAGCCAGGAUGCCUCUCCCACACUCAGGACAGAGCUGAGUUAGCUCCAUGGACCUCCUGGAGGAAGGUGGGGAUGUCCAAGACUGGGGGACACUUCCUGCCGACUGCAGAGCCCAGGCCUGGGGAAGGCCCAGGGACUCACUCGGUCAAAGCUCCAGCCCCUACCCGCCAGUGGCUGUGGCCCCCGCACCUUCUACCCUUUCCCCACUGACCUUUCAAGGCCAUGCCCGCCCCAUGCCCUCCGAACUUGGGGAAGAUGGCUGGACUGCUGGGGAGUGGGCAUCUUGGGGUUCCGGGAGGGCAGAGGGUGGGCCCGGGAGGGGGAGGGGCGCGUUUCUCUUGCAUGACUACAGCCUAGUGCCCUCACGACUUUCUUUUGUAAAUAUCUACAAACGGAGUGAGCUAGAGACGCCAGAUCCACCUCUGCCAGUAUUACCUGCAGGACAAGGGGAUGUCGUCCCUCUCUGCCCCCCACCGUCAUGCCCAGCCCCUUCCCCUGCCCAGCUGGCUGUCCCCAGAGCCCCUUCAAAGCCAAAGUGUGGCCCCCUGGAUGGUGUCCGGUUUGGGUGCAGAUGCGGAACCCCGAGAGGCAGGCUGAGGACCUGGCCCCCUCCUCCCUGCGGUCCUCCGGGUCCCGUGCCCAGCUCAGACUGCUAAUGGAGUUUGUAAUGAUCUAUUUUUAAUAAAGUAUAUGGUCCGAUA